AUGUCAUCAGGGCAUCUCAAGCAGCCUCCGCCUGGGCUUGACGAUGAGGACGACGAUGAGGCUGAGAUGCUAUCAGAAAGUGAGGCUCUCGCGCAGAUAAGGGAUGCAAACGAGGAGGAGAAGGAUCUGGGGAAUGAGGUGGACCCUUCGGACGAACUCGAGCCUCAAACCCGCACCGUAGAGAGAUAUCGAAAUUCCACAAACGAGUAUGAAGAAGUUCAAGUGCCGGUCAAGCCCAAGAGGGGGAUCUGGACUUGCACGCCACAGGAACUUCAACAGCUUGACCCUCAAACCUACGAAUGUGUUGAAUCUCUCUUGGGGAAACCAAACGACAUCGACAAUGAAAUCGAUGAAUAUCACUUGACAGAUGUUUUUGAAGAGGCAAGAAUUCAUCAGCUCGAGCUGCAGAAGCUGCAGGAGUCUGACCCCAACUUCUACGAGUACCUUCAAAAAGAUGACCGUGGCAAAAGUCUCCUCCGGUUCGGUCUUUCCUUGGACAGCACCAGUGAUCUCAAGAUCAUUCAGAGAUACGCCCAGCCAAAUUUCUCGGUUCCAAGUGAUUAUGACAACUUGAUCGAGGCCAUCGAUUCAAUGAAAUCUUCGCAAUCAUUGAGAAUCAGUGAGAAUUCAUCGUGGGAAGGGCCGAUGCUGGUGGAGAAGGACGAUGUCAUGAUCAGCUGCAACAGAGACGUCGAGCUCCACGGGAGGUGGAACCUAGUUGAGCACUCGUCUGGCGUGUUUGCGACUGUUCCACCUUUGAGGUUCGACUUGCCGAGGCUAUGGUUGAGAAUCGUCGAGAUUCACGAUCUUCCAGAUUCAUGGAGAAAAGUGGUUCUUCAAGGCCUGUGCGGUCAGAUGUGGAGGAGGCAGAGCAGCUAUCACUUGCACGAAUGGAGCCAAACUAUCACUUCAAGGAUGCAAGGUUCCUUCGAAUACUGUGGAAUUCCAGGCAGCGAGUCUGAUUCUGUCGAGCGCGAGCAUCGAUGUGGUGGGAUAGUCAUGAGCGGAGAUUGUCAAUUAGAGUGCAAGAAGACGAACAUGAAGAGGAAUCUCAUUGGAGUCUACUUGUGCGACAAGAACGUUGUCAAGGCGUCCUUCUCAAGAUGCAUGUUCAUCAAGAAUGACAAGUGUCUGUACUGGCAGAAGGUGGGGAAGAGACCCUGUAUUCAUGAUCAACGAGGACGAUCCGAUCUUGGUGAGACCCUCCCUGCUCUCCCUGGCUGCUCUCUCUGCCUGACGAGCGUAUCCUGGCUCAACACUGGCUCGGUGUGCUGCACCGGGACGGGGGCGAAGGACCCGAAGCUCAAGACUUCUGGGCAGGGAGGGAAGACGACGCAGGCAGGCGUGAAGAUGCGGGCGGGAUAG